AUGGCGCGCAUUUCCCUAGUCAUGCUGCUGGUCAGCACUGUUCUCAAACCCACCUUGGCCGUGUACCAGUUGGUCCAAGACUACUCCGGCGACGCUUUCUGGCAAGGCUUCGACUUCUUCACCGACCCGGAUCCGACCGAUGGCCUCGUGCAAUUCCAAUCUUUGGAGCAGGCCAAUUCAACGGGGAUAGCGGGAUUUAUAGAAGGAGGCAAUGCAUCUUUCGCUAUCUAUAUGGGCGUGGACACUGAAAAUGUCGCUCCGCAGGGUCGAGCCAGUGUACGCGUCUCAUCAACACAGUCUUUUCAACAUGCUUUGGUUAUUGCCGAUAUUGUUCACAUGCCUGGUGGCGUCUGCGGUACCUGGCCUGCGUUUUGGAUGCUGGGCGCAGACUGGCCGCACAAUGGAGAGAUCGACAUCGUCGAGGGAGUCAAUGAUCAACCUACGAACUCGAUGACUUUGCAUACCGGACAAGGCGCCGUGGUCAGCAAUGACACCGAAUUCUCUGGUGAAUUGAUCACACCCAACUGCGAUGUCAAUGCGCCUGACCAGCCAAUGAACGCGGGAUGUUCGAUCGGCGACAUAUCCAACUUGACCUUUGGGCCUGAAUUCAACGAAGCCGGGGGAGGUGUGUUUGCAACCGAGUGGACAGCUGAUUUCAUCAAGAUAUGGUUCUUCCCACGAGGUACUUUUCCCGACGACAUUGUCAGCAGUCAUCCGGCCCCGUCCGAAAACUGGGGUACCCCAAACUCGCUGUUCCAAGGAUCAUUCAACAUUGAUGACCAUUUCAAGAAUCUCCAGAUUGUAUUCGACACCACAUUCUGCGGACAGUGGGCUGGAGCUGUCUGGAACACAUCUUCUUGCGCAUCUCUGGCACCAACCUGCGAAGACUACGUCGCCAAUAACCCGGCAGACUUUGCCGAUGCUUUCUGGGCGAUCAACACCCUGCAGGUCUUUCAGGAUGAUGGUUCAGAGGCUAGCAACGCAACGGCGAAUGCGGCGGCAGCAAAACGCGGAGCUACCGGGAGGGAACCUGGGCGGCAAGGAAGCCUUAAAUCAAGAUCCGGGAAGGAAGUGCUCCCAAUCUAUUCAUGA